AUGCUAUACAUUGUUUUUCCAAGCAUACUUAUCAUUCUACUUUUCAUUUAUAGACUAUAAAAGAGAAGAGUCUCCAAAGAAAUUUAAAGCCAAAUAAGGUCUGAUAAAGUUAACAGAUUAUCGUCUCAGCUGCAUUUCCCUGCAAAAUAAAAUGAACAUUCAAUCAAGAUUUAGCAAAUCAAGUACAAUAUUGAAAAUGCUUGUGUAGUGAACUACAACACAAAUAAGGAUUAGGAGUUUAACUAUAAGAUUACUGAGAAGGUUCCCUUUAAGGAAUUUAAUGCCAGAUUGUAUUAGUAUAUCGACUCGGCAGAUAAACUACAAGAAAUAUUACAGAAUCUCUACCGCUAUAAUGUACUUGGGAUUGAUCUAGAAAAUCAUCACCUCAAUUCCUACAAUGGAUUUUUAUGUCUCAUUCAAAUCACAACCCCUAAUUACGAAACAUACUUGAUAGAUUGUUUAAAACUAAGAGAAGAUGUGAAGACCUAUCUAGGUGCUAUAUUUGAAAGUUCAAAUACACUGAAAGUGUUUCAUGGAUGUGUAAAUUCUGAUAUUGCUUGGCUUUAGAGAGACUUUGGGUUUGCCACAGUCAAUGUAUUUGAUACUUAAGAGGCUUAUAAAAAGUUAUUUAAGGGGUAAAGAGUUUCCCUUUUACAUUUGUGGCAGACUUAUUGCAAGGAUAGAGUCAAGAUUACCAAGGACUAGAAGAAUUAAUUUUAGCAAGCAGAUUGGAGUGCCAGACCAUUGACCAAAGAAAUGCUUGACUAUGCAGCUCAUGACUCUCACUAUCUAAUAUACAUAGCUCUGAGACUACAGUAGAAUUUUGAAAACUAGAACAAAUUACAAGAAUUAGAUGAAGUUUGCAAAGAAGUGAACGAGAAAACUGUAAAUGCAAAGUACGCUCUAAGAUAGGACUAAUUUAAGCCUGAUGAAACUUAUAAAGUAUAAUUCAGGAAGAUAGUAGACGGUUUUGAUCCUAACAAUGAGGAGUUCUUGAAAAUAGAAUUCAUAUUCAAAGGAAUUUAUAACCUUAGAGAAAAUAUUGCAGAGUAAGUGGAUAAGAACCCAGAUGAAUUGUGUGAUAUUUCUACAUUGUACCUGCUCAGUACAAAGAAACCCUUAUCAUAUAUAGAAACGAGAAAAGUAUUGGAUGAAGCAGGUAAAUAGACCAAUUCUAUAUUUAGACAGGUGAUUGAGAAUUUUUGUAUUGAGAUCUAAUAGAGAUUGGACGAUUUCCCAAAGAAUAUGGAUGCCAUGAUCUAACACUAUAAGUCUCAGCCUAAUUAAGGAUUAAAUUCUUAGUAAGAGAGAUUGAGAUUAAAAGAAGAGAGAAAAAAGAAGAUCAUCAAGCAUUAUUCUUGUAAGAAGGUAGUUUAUGAAAACUGCAAAAUGUUCAGCCCAGAUGGCGAACUACUUUCCAACUGUGAUUUUAAAAAAGCCCAAUGGUACAUUGAAAGAGAAUUAGCUGAUCAAAUCUCAUCUGAUCCAUUUACAAUUAAACUAAGAUUCGAACCAAAUGGCAGAGGUCAACCCAAGCCAUUAGAAGAACUUUAUGACGACAAUUUUUAUGUUACUGAUAGAGAAAAUAAGUGUGUGAACUGUGGUUCAGAGAAAGACUACUCUAGAUUCCACGUAAUUCCUACUCUCUAUAGAUAAAGCUUCCCAGAUGAACUAAAGAGUCACAGAUCGCAUGAUGUAGUCUUGCUUUGCUUCACAUGUCAUGAGAAAGCAAGCAGAGAAUAAGAUAACUUGAAGAAGCAGCUUGCUGAGAAGUAUAACAUUCCUCUGAACGAUCACAACCCUAACAAGCUGAUAAAUCUUCAUAUCUAGUAAAUCAACAGAGUAGCUAGCACUUUGAAGAAAGCAUCAUUUAGACUGCCUGAUGAAAAAAGAGCCACACUUUAGAAAAAUCUUAUAGAACUUUUCUUAGAGAAAAAGGAGCAGUUACUUCCACUUAUACCAGAUGAUCUUAAGGGAGUAAUAGAAACAGAAGAAAUUAACAAUGAGUUUAUAAUGUUUUGCUACAAUUUACCACCAACUAGACUCAGCAAUAAAGACAAAUAAAAUCCACAUGGAAAGAUAUUGGUUGAUAAGAUACUGGGAGAGGAUCGAAUGAGUGACUUCAUUAAGUUGUGGAGGACUCACUUCAUAAAAACCAUGGAACCUAAGUUCUUGCCUUGGGGUUGGAGUGUUGAUCAUACGAUUGAAAGAAGUUUUGGGGUUUUCAGUAAAUUUGCCAGGAAAGAAGAUGAAUAAGAAAAUCAUAAAUGA